UGAAAUCCAUCUUCUUAAAGUUUACCGAAAAAGCUGCCACACAGAUCAUCUUACUCUUCACUUCGUCAUUUGAUAUUUAACUCACUUUGCCAUGAAAGGAUGUUCUUCAAGAGGGAACCGGAACAAUGAGAACGACGAAGAAACGGGGAAGAAGAGGGGAUUGCGGUCGCGAUGCAAUCCACCCCGGUACCGAGGGAUCCGGCGGCGCCCUUGGGGCAAGUUCGCAGCUGAGAUCCGGAACCCCUCGAGGAAAGGCACUCGCCUCUGGCUCGGGACCUUUGAGACGGCGGAGGAGGCCGCCCGCGCCUACGACCAAGCUGCCUUCACCUUCCGAGGCCAUCUGGCCAUCCUCAACUUCCCCAACGAGCAACAAUACUGCGUUCAAAUUGACGGCAAUGUCACUGGCCACCGCAGUUCUUUCUCGGCGUCCCCAUCACUGUCGUCAUCGUCAUUCUCUUCAGCAUGUUCGUCAUCAUCCGCUGUGUCAGCUCCCGCCGAGUCAUCCAGAGAUUUGAUCGAGUUCGAGUAUCUGGACGAUAAGUUGUUGGAGGAACUACUGAUGUAGGGUAAAUGCGGGAAGGCGAGUGCAUAUUUAGGUUUUCUGAAAUUUCAUGGAUAGAAUAUUUUUUUGGUUUCUUGUUUCGAUCAUCUUCAUUGGUGAGAGAUUUCACUUGUGGAAAGAGAUGGCGUGGCAUCUCCUUUGCAGGGUUUAUGCAUAUUAUGUUUGAAUAAAUGACAUUUGGUAAUCUUCAAGACUGCAUUUUCACAGCAGGGGCUUAAUGUGACUCGGAAAUAUUGUAAUUUGUAUGAUAACUUCGAUCAAUAUUAGCCAAACAAGUGGCUUAUCAUA